AUGGUAGAGAAGCUCCCCAAUGAUCUGGAAGGAAUGGAGUCCUCAAUGGAGAAGCUUUACAUUCUUAUUGAUGAGAUCUACAAAUACGUCGAUGAUGUUGUGGAAGGACGUGUGGCACCUGACAACAGAAUUGGGAGGUUCAUCUCUGAUUCUGUUGCUUCAAUGCCGAAAUUGUCCCCAGCUGCUUUCGAUAAGCAUUUCAAUGACAAGAUUCGGGAUAACCUUGCGCUGGUAUACCUGUCAAGCAUCACAAGGACACAAAUCAGCAUCGCCGAGAAGUUGAACACUGCCGCUCAAGCGCCGGGCAUGGUGGACAAGUUCCGGAUGCGCGCCAAGGGUGGUGACGGCGGCAAUGGCUGUGUCAGCCUCCGGCGCUCCAGGUCCAACCUCCAUGGCAUGCCUGACGGUGGUAAUGGAGGGAAGGGUGGUGAUAUAAUUCUUGAGUGCUCCAGGUCUAUCUGGGAUUUCAGUGGCUUGCAGCAUCACAUGUCGGAGAAGCUAAAAUACUUUCGUACAUCCUCCGUGCCUCGGUUCUCAAACACUGAUUCUGAUGUAAGAAGCUAUCCACGUCAGGAGGGGAUAGAUGAAAAGGAUCAGACUGAAAGCGAAGAUGAAGAAUUUUGGGAGGAUGAAGACGAGUUCAACAUUGACAAUGAGGAUGACAAGGAAGAGGAAGAGAGGGAAGAAGAAGAUGUGCAAUAUUGUGUUGCUGAGAUGCCGAAACCUGGGCAGCGGUUGAUCAUAGCACGAGGAGGGGAAGGUGGACUAGGGAAUGCUUUUGUCAUUAAGGAGAUGCGGCCUUCCAAAGCAAGCAGACAAGAAAAGAUAGCCCGCUUAAGUACCGGGCAGCCAGGAACUGAGAGCUUUCUUAUCUUGGAACUGAAGAGCAUUGCAGAUGUCGGUCUAGUUGGAUUUCCUAAUGCCGGAAAGAGCACAUUGUGGAGUUCUCUCUCUAGGGCACAGCCAGAGAUAGCCGACUAUGAAUUCACCACACUGAGGCCCAACAUUGGCAGCCUGACCUACGAGGACUACUACUCUGUUAAAGUGGCUGAUAUACCUGGCCUGAUCAAAGGAGCACAUGAGAACCGUGGCCUCGGUCAUGCUUUCCUGAGGCACAUAGGGCGUACAAAAGUUCUUGCCUAUGCGCUUGACCUUGCAGCCACGCUUAAUGGCAGGAAGGGUGUCCCUCCUUGGGAGCAGCUGCAGGAUUUGAUCUCAGAGCUGGAGCAUUACCAAGAAGGUCUGACUCGGCGACCAUCACUGAUUGUGGCAAACAAGAUAGACGAAGAGGGAGCUGAAGAGAUGUACGAGGAACUGAAGAGGAGAGUGCAGGGUGUUCCUAUAUUUCCAGUUUGCGCCAUCUUGCAGGAGGGGGUGCCAGAUCUGAGAGUGGGUCUAAGGAACCUUAUGGAUGACUCAGAUCCAGGGGGCAUUGAUUUGAGCAAAACGACUGUUUAA